UCCACGGAAUUAUGCAAGAACAAUUCCGUUUCUAAUUCAUCUAGUCUCGAAUCUAAUUUUAACACCCGAACUCUAAAUUCGAAAUUCUCCACCCUCAUUUCUCUUUUAUGUGAUACACUAUCAGUUCUCAUAUCUAUUUUCAGCUUCUUUUUUUCCUCCUUCACCUUCUUACGCCACAUCAGUUUCUUCGAUUGGUUGAUCUGAUACUCCGGCGUGUUGUUCCCGAUCUUUCCCUUUAAUUGCCGACGAAAAUCAUCUAGUGGCACCACCUGAGUGAGCUGUGGUUUAGAGUGGGUCAGUGACAAAGAAAAAAAGCAGUAAUUGUUUGAAUUUUCUCGUUUGGGUUUGUGUGAGUAGUUUUGGGGAAACGAAUUGUUCAAGGUUAUCUGGAGUUUUGAGGGCUUUGUUAUGUGAGCUAUUCCUUUCUGGGUUUUGUGAGGGUGGCUCUGAUUUGUGUGCGCAUUUGAUAUGGGUGGGUGUUUUCCUUGUUUUGACAAGGAGGACAGCGGGGUGAAGAAGGAAGUGGUCAAGAAGGAUUCUCUUAGGGAAGGUUCAGCUGCUCAGUCUCAUCACGUCAAUAGGGUUAGCUCAGAUAAGUCGAAAUCAAAAAGUGGCUCUGAUUCUAAGAAGGAACUGCCAGUUCAAAAGGAUGGAACAACUGCCCACAUUGCUGCACAAACUUUUACAUUUCGAGAGCUUGCAGCUGCCACGAGGAAUUUCAGGCCUGAAUCUUUAUUAGGUGAAGGUGGUUUUGGACGCGUUUAUAAAGGCCGGCUUGAAAGCUCAGGGCAAGUUGUUGCUGUAAAACAGCUUGACCGCAAUGGCCUUCAAGGAAAUCGAGAGUUUUUGGUGGAGGUGCUCAUGCUUAGCCUCUUGCAUCACCCAAAUCUUGUGAGCUUAAUUGGUUAUUGUGCUGAUGGGGAUCAGCGGCUGCUUGUUUAUGAAUUUAUGCCUUUGGGGUCUUUGGAGGAUCACCUACAUGAUCUUCCGCCUGACAAGGAGCCUCUGGACUGGAAUACAAGGAUGAAAAUAGCAGCGGGAGCAGCAAAGGGGUUGGAAUAUUUGCAUGACAAAGCAAACCCUCCUGUAAUAUAUAGAGACCUAAAAUCAUCCAAUAUCCUGCUAGAUGAGGGUUUUCAUCCUAAGUUAUCAGAUUUUGGGCUGGCAAAACUUGGUCCAGUCGGUGAUAAGACUCAUGUAUCCACACGAGUAAUGGGAACAUAUGGUUAUUGUGCUCCGGAAUAUGCUAUGACUGGACAGCUAACUUUGAAGUCUGAUGUCUACAGUUUUGGAGUUGUUUUCCUGGAACUUAUUACUGGGCGCAAGGCUAUUGAUAAUACGCGCGCACAUGGUGAGCAUAAUCUUGUGGCAUGGGCACGACCUCUGUUUAAAGACCGUAGGAAGUUCCCUGCAAUGGCUGACCCUCUGCUUCAAGGCCGUUAUCCAAUGCGAGGACUCUAUCAAGCACUUGCAGUUGCAGCUAUGUGUUUGCAAGAACAAGCUGCCACAAGACCUCUUAUUGGAGAUGUUGUGACCGCUCUUACAUACUUGGCCUCGCAGACAUAUGAUCCAAAUGGAUCCAGUCAUACUAGCCGAGUUGGUCCAUCAACCCCUAGGAGCAAGGAGGAUCGAAAGAACAUGGCAGAUAGCUCAGAUAGCCCUGAUCAUGGACGACAUCAUGGAUCACCUUCCACCCAUAGAAACUCACCUGAUUACAGGAAGAGAGACGGUAGGGAUGCAAGUGCUGGGACAAGCUUGGGAAGGAUUGAAACUGGUGGAGGUUCAGGAAGAAGAUGGGGAUUGGAUGAUGGAGAAAGACAGGACUCUCAGAGAGACAGCCCUCUAAGUGCUGGAAGAACUAGGGAAACUCCAAGGAACCGUGACCUGGACAGAGAACGUGCAGUCGCAGAAGCAAAAGUAUGGGGCGAAAAUUGGAGAGAGAAAAAGCGGGCAAAUGCAAUGGGAAGCUUUGAUGCUACAAAUGAGUGAAAGCACCAAAACUUUGAUUCACUUUACUUUUCAUCUACUAGUGAAGAGAUGUAUGAUUGAGUCGGGAGACAGAUUUGCAGGAGGGUCAUCCUUUUUCAUCUUGGUUUCGUGACUACCCUGAGAGAGUGGGAGUAAACGUCAUGAUGGAUCUGGCUUGGACUAGUCUUCCUGCAUCAUUCUGGUAGUUAUUCAUCAAGAGUCAAAAGAAACACAGACGAUUGAAAAAGAGAGAAACUAGUGUGGAUUGAGGCACUCGAAUCGAAGUAUAUAUCCGUGGAUGGUGCAAAAUGUUAACGCAAGAUCAGAAAAAGGCAUCUAAUUUUUCCCCUCUUGCUUGUAAAUGGGGGAGCUUUAGUGACUGUGUUGAUUUUGUUGUUGUGACAUGUAAUCGUACAGUCUCAAUUUUAUCGUAUGGUCUGAGCCUCGUGAUUUCGGCUUAUAAAAUAUGGUUUAUUAUGCUAUA